AUGAAGGAAAAUGGAGACGAUGUGAAGAAACGUGUAUGCCGAAAUAUGUUUAUAAACACUUUAAGUAUUGGUGAGAAGACGGUACGCUCAUGGACAUUAUCAGAUCAACCCAGUACAAGCCUUGAAAACGAAGAUCAUCAAGCGCAGGCGGUGCUAUUGGCUCUAAGACUAAAUGCAAGUGCAAAUUACUAUAAGACUAAGUUGAAGGUCCACAAUGAGACCUUCUUCAACUUAAGUACUAAAGAUGCCGUAUGCUAUGUUUGGCACGAAGCAGUGGCAGGGAUUGAAAGUGAUGUAUUUGCAUCCAUUUAUACAGACUUUUUAAAAAAGGCAAUAGAAAAAAAACGUCUCGAAAAAAUUACUAUUUGGAGUGAUGGGUGUGGAUAUCAGAACCGAAAUAUCAAACUAUCUAAUGCACUACUUGAAUUGAGCAUUAAAACAAAAGUAAUAAUAGAACAAAAAUAUUUGGAAGUUGGACACACCUUCAUGGAAGUGGACUCCAUUCAUUCUACUAUUGAGCAGAAAUUGCGCAAUCGGAGAGAAGUCUAUACACCUGCAGACUACAUUCCUAUAAUUCAAUCUGCAAGACAACGUCCGCGUCCCUAUGAGACAAUUUACUGUAGUAGUGAUGAUUUUUACGCUUUUCAGGCAGUAUACUACAAAAGUAUCCGCCCUGGCAACAAAAUUGGCGAUCCCUGUGUUAACGAUGUGGUUGCGUUUCAGUAUACACCUAAUGGAAUUAUUCAUUACAAACUGCGCUUUCAAGACGAAUGGGCUGAAUUGCCUGUACGACCGAAACGUUUAGAAUCAUUGCCAGACCAUCCCAAACUGUACACAGGGCCAAUUCCAAUUGAAGCUUCAAAAUACACCCACUUGCAAGAACUAAAAGAAUUGAUUCCACAAGAUUAUCGUCAAUUCUAUGAGAAUUUAGUUCACAAAUAA